CUGGAGAACUGUCAUCUGCUUCCGGGGCGCGGGGCGGCCGGGGCGGCGGGGGCGGGCCCGACGGGGCGGAGGAGCCUGUGGGAGCGCCGCCCCGGCCGUGUGGUCGCUGGUGUUUUGGAGCUCAGGCUGCGGGAGAUGUCGGGCCUCGCGUCAAGGUUUAACUCAUUCAAAAGGACUAAUGUCAUCCUGCAACAUUUGAGGCUGUCCGCCCACACGGAUGCGGCGGGAGAGGUGCUGCUGGAGAGGAGGGGCUGCGCAGGGGUGAUCACCCUGAACAGACCCAAGGCCCUCAACGCACUGAACCUGAGCAUGAUCCGGCAGAUCUACCCACAGCUAAAGAAAUGGGAACAAGAUCCCGAAACCUUCCUGAUCAUCAUAAAGGGCGCCGGGGAGAAGGCUUUCUGUGCUGGGGGAGACAUCAGAGAAGUUGUAAAGGGAGACCGGAAGAUAAGUCAGGAUUUCUUCAGAGAAGAAUAUGUGCUAAACAAUGCCAUUGAUUCUUGCCAGAAACCGUAUGUUGCAUUUAUUCAUGGAAUUACAAUGGGUGGAGGAGUCGGACUCUCCGUUCAUGGGCUAUUCCGAGUGGCUACUGAAAAGUCUCUUUUUGCCAUGCCAGAAACUGCAAUAGGACUAUUCCCUGAUGUGGGCGGAGGCUAUUUCUUGCCAAGACUUCAAGGAAGACUGGGUUACUUCCUCGCGUUAACAGGAUUCAGGCUGAAAGGAAGAGAUGUGUACAGAGCAGGAAUUGCUACACACUUUGUAGAUUCUGAAAAGUUGAACCUGUUAGAAGAAGAUUUAUUAUCCCUGAAAUCUCCUUCCAAAGAAAAGAUUGCAGAUGUCUUAGAAACAUAUCAUGCAAAGUCCAAAGCUGAUGAGGGCAAGGCGUUCGCCCUGGAGGAGCACCUGGGCAGGAUAAACAGCUGCUUCUCCGCCAACACGGUGGAGCAGAUUAUUGAAAACUUACAGCGAGACGGCUCGCCUUUCGCCCUGGAGCAGCUGAAGGUAAUUCAGAAGAUGUCUCCAACGUCUCUCAAGAUCACCCUGCGGCAGCUCACAGAGGGGUCCUCACAGAGCCUGAAGGACGUGCUGACCAUGGAGUACCGGCUGAGCCAAGCUUGUGUGGGAGGCCAUGACUUUCCCGAAGGCGUCCGGGCAGGGACUGUGCACGUUUUACUAGUAAGCAUGGUUCAGACCGCCCGCCACAGCCAUGUGAGCGCGGCCCCUUCCCUUCACGGCUUUGCGACAACUUUUAAUAGAUAAAGACCAGAGUCCCAAGUGGAAGCCGGCCAGCCUGGCGGAAGUGACUGAUGAGGCUGUGAGCAGUUACUUCAGGUCUCUGGGGAGCAACGAUUUGAAGUUGUGAAGUGCCUGGGUUUGGGAGGCAGUUGGAACAGAGGCUGGCAAACGGAGGCUCGUGCCCGAGUCGGCUGCUGCUUUACAUGCCCGCGAGCUGGGCGGCUUCUGCUGUUAAUGGGGGGAAGGAGAGCAGAGACGGGCAUUUCAUGAACCACUGGUGUCCGCAAGUAAAGCGUUGGAGCGUAGCUGGACUCGCCUGUGUGCACUUCCCCUCGGGAGACCACAGCCCAGACGAGGCCUGCCAAGCCCAAGCUGUUUCCUCUCCGCCCUUUUAGAGGACGUCUGCCAGCCCCUGACUGGAGAUGGGACACGUGAGGUCCUCAGAGAUUGGGUGGGAGAGCUGGUGGGAAUGGGAGCUUAAUGUCCGGCUUUGGGAAGGCGUUUAUAUGUUGAUUAAGUAGAUUAUGUACAGAUGAUAAAAAAUAAAAUCAUGUUUUUGGAUACUGUG